AUGAGUGCGCGAGCCGUGCCGGCGUCUUCCUCGCGGGGCCGGUCGCGCCUGCGCAGAGCUCCCCGGGCCCCGAGGCGGUUCCUGGAGCACGUCUGCGCCCCGCUGGCGGCCUGCGAGCUGCGCCGCUUUCUGAGGAGCUGCGCCCGGGCCCCCCCCAGGGCGCUGCGGCUGAGCCGGCGCCGGGAGGCGACUCUGCGGCGCCUGGCGCAGGAAGGCUUGCAAGUAACACCGAGCCCCUUUAGUGCGGACGGUUUCUUCCUGAAGGUAAAGGAGGAGCUCCAGCAGGCGCCAGCGCUGGGGCAGAGUCUCUCGCACUACAGCGGCCAGGUCUAUGGCCAAGAGGCCAGCAGCACUCUGCCUGCAGAGGCCCUCCGAGCCUUGGGAGCUCGUGGCCGGCUGUUGGAUCUCUGUGCUGCGCCGGGCAGCAAGGCCUCACAGCUGGCCUCCCAGCUGGAGCCGGAGCUGUUGGUGGCCAAUGAGCCAAGGAAGCACCGCGCAGCCCUGCUGCGUGCGAACCUGCUGCGGGCGGGCAUUGUGGAGGCCCUUGUUCUGACGCUGGACGGCCGCGAGGUAGGCAGCCUUGCCCCUGGUGCCUUUGAUGCUGUGUUGGUAGAUGCGCCUUGCUCUGGCGAGGGAAACAUCCGGAAGGAUCAAGGUGCCUGGGACAGGUGGGUGCAGGAGGAUCACAGCAGCCAGUCGCGCCGCGCAUUGCAGCGGGAGCUCCUGCUCAGUGGCUGGGAGGCCUUGCGGCCUGGCGGCUUGUUGGUGUACUCAACCUGCACUCUCAACCAGGAGGAGAAUGAGGUGCAGUGCCGCUGGCUGCGCGCCCGUGGGGCGGAGGUGCUGCCGCUCAGGCUUGGCUUGCCUUGCAUUGAAACAGAAGAAGGAUUCCUACGCGUGUGGCCCCAUCACGUGGAUGUGGAGGGCUUCUUUGUGGCAGGCUUUCGCAAGGCCGGCAAAGCGGGGUCGCAGCCCAGUUUGGAGGCUGACCCUCGUAGGCUGCCGCCUUCGAGGGAGGCGGAGCUCCGAGAGCAGAUCGCGAAGGAGCUCUGCUUCACUUUGCCCGAAGGGCCGAUGCUGGAGGAGGCCGGCGAGGUCUUCUGGGUGCCGGAGGCGCUGUGCUGUCCGAGCCUCGCGGCGCUGCGGCCGCGUCUGGCGCCGCUGACCGCGGCGCCGGACGGCCCGGAGUUGCAGCUGGUUGCUGGAGGCGAUUUUCCUGCGGAGCGGUGGCUUCAGCUGCAUGGCCGUGUGGGAGGCGGCUUGGGCUCCGCCACCUUGGCGCUGGGCCGGGCCAAAGACGCCCGGAGCGCCGCUGCGGCCUUCCAGGACUUGCUCCAACAGCGUUUGGCGCCGGAUGUGGCAAGCUACAACGCGCUCAUGAAUGCGUACGCCAAGGAGUCCCUGAAUGGCAGGGCACAGCAGGUUCUUGAGGACAUGGCGAAUGUCUCUGUCACGCCUGGGGUGAUUAGCUUCACCAUCCUCAUUGAGGCACACGCGCGAGCAGGCGACCUCACAGCCGCCCAGGAGGCCUUUCGCUCCAUGAGCUCGCUUCAGCUGCAGCCGAACGAGGUCACUCACACUGCGCUUCUGCGCGCCUUCCUGCAGGCGAAGCAGCUCCCAGAGGCCGAGAGGCUGGCGGAUCGAAGGCUGAACCUCGUGGGCUACACACUCCUUCUCGACGCCUACGCCAGGUCAGGAAAGAAGGCAAAGGCGGAGCUAGCCUUCCAGUCGCUUUGCAGCAAAGGGCUGGUGCCAAAUCUGGCUACUUACACCGCCCUGAUGAAGGCAUAUGCGAAGGCUCGGGACCUGCAGGGUGCUGAAGCUGUGAUGAGGCGUCUCCAGGACCAAGGUCUGGAGCCGGAUGUCCGAACCUACCUCACCUUGAUCUCCGCACAUGCGCAGGCUGGCAGCCUGGCUCGGGCGGAAGCGCUCUUCAAAGAACAAGGGCAGCCAUCCAUGGUGAGCGCCACGGCUUUGAUCUCUGCAUAUGGCAGGGCUAAAGAUGCUGUGAAAGCCCAAGAAGUCUUCGACAAGCUUUGUGCGCAAAGGCUCAGGCCAGAUGCGGUUUGCUGCCAGCAGCUCGAGCAGGUCCAGUUGAACAGUGAUUCGCUGCAGCUCUGGUGGAUUUUCGCUGCAUCGGCGCGGAAGCACUCGUCUUCUCACUUGCGUGUGGAACUCCUUGACGAAGCUGGGAGCAUCAGGCAUGAGGCCUCCUUCCUGGACCGUACAAUUGGCAGCAUCCUCGCGGCCUACACCAGCGCAGUCUUCUUGCCACUCCCUUCAACAUCGCAUCUGCGCGUUGAGUCCGGCAGGCAGGCACAGGCUGAUGACAACUUGGCGCCAGCAGAUCCCAAAGGUACCGACUGUCAGGUGAAAGCCAGGAAGGGUGCGAUUCUGGGCGGCCUGCUGGGCUGUCUCUCCGGGCUUCUUUGGAGUCAGGAGGACAAAGCGGAGGCGGCUUCGCAGAACUUUGCGCCACAAGCGCCGCAGCCGCCGCUGCAGCUGUACUGCCCUUCGCCGAAAGAGGUGUCCGAGGAAGCGCUGUCUCAGCCAGAGCUGCCAGAGGCGUCCAAGAUUGAGUGGCAGCGGCAGGCUUUGCCGGAGACGGAAUUCUUGUGCCUCUUCGGACGUCUCGCUGCACAAGCCAGAUCCGGGCACCUCCACACGGAGCCAGUCAAGGCAGCGCAGGAGCAAGUGGCCGCCACUAUCGUGGAGGACGAGCUGGCGGCCUUCUCAUACCGGGGCCCUCUGCAGCUGAAGCACUGGGACUUCGAUACCGGGCGCAAGGCUUUGAAGGUCACCUAUCCCGGCAGCAGCAACGACGCAGUCAUUUUUGUCUGCCACUUUGACCUGCCGUACUGCAGCUCGGCGACGCCGUACAGCGCGAGGUGUUUGCCCUGCAGCGAACAGCCCAGCCGCCUGAGUCCUGGAGGUGUUGGCCACAUUGCACUGCUGGUGCUGCUGCUCUGUGAGCUGGGACGCUCUCAGCCGCAACUCAAGCGCAGCGUGGUCUGCUUGUUCCUGGCGGCGCAGCGGCACGGCGAAGGCGGCGGGGCGGCGAUGAUGGCGAGCGGCGAGCUGCCGGAGAUCCAAAAGGGGCCCGUGUACUGGCUCGAUGCUGGGGCCUCUCCGCUCGAGGAGUGGGCUAAACAGUCUGGCGCCUGGCUCUGCAGGGGUGCUUUGGGAUCGCUGGCUUGGACACUGCACGUCCAAACCCUGCAAAACCAUCCGGCUCCUUCCGCGGAGUUGGCGGGCCGAGCACUGGCGCACUUGCAGGAGUCCUUCCAGCGACUCUUCGAGGCGCAGCGACUCUUCGAGGCGCAGACAACCAGCGCCGAUGGCACCUACUUCCGCUGUACGCGCAUGGAGACAUCCACCAGGCAGUCCGAGACGUACGUGGAGGGCUUGAUCCGCUUGGCGCCUUCCCUGGCCAUCGCCGACGUGAAGAAGCAGCUGGAGGACUGCGUGGCUGAGUUCAACGAGCGGCUCUUUGCGGAGAGUGCGGCCUUUGAUUUCGGCUCCCAGGAGCAGCAGGCAGUGACCUUGCUUUGGGCCAAGCGGCCCUGCGCUUCAGGUGAGCCUUCAGCCGACCCAGCCCUCGAGCUGGCACUGGACCUGGAGGGCAUCAGCACGGAUGCCCACUCCGUGGCUCGACAAGCGCUGGAGGCAGCCUUGAGGGAGCUCUACACAUUCAAAAUCCAGCACUUCAUGGUGCAUGGCUCCGUGGCGCACGCGCGGCGCACGCAGUCCCUUGGUGGGGAUGUGCAGCUUCUGGGAUUUCAGCGACCGGAGAGGACCGAGAGCGGCAGGCUGAACGAGGACACCUGCUCCCUAGAUGGGAUGCGCGAUGGCUACAAGGUAUUGCUGCGGCUGAUCCAGAUCUUGGAGGAUUGCAGUGCAAACUCUGGUGAGUUGGCCAAGGACCCCCAGGUGGACAAACGCAAUCCGGAGCUAGGUGUGCUUGGAACAGUGCCAGAUGCCUUGGCCAGCGAGCAGCACAAGGCCAACGAGGAGCCACACAUGGAGCAAGCCUCUGACGCAGCGAGUUCCGCACCAUCGGAGGUUCACCGAGCCAGAAGCCUGGAGGAAGAGGAGGAAGAGGCCUCUUUCCCCUUUAUGCGCACAGACAGCGAGGGAUCAAAGGAGCUCGUUCAGGAUGUGCAAGAAUCUGCCAGAUGCUCCCAGAGCGUCUCAGAGAGGCCUGAAGAAGAAACUGCUGCUUGUCAGGCGGAGGAAAGAUCAGGCACUUGGCUUUCCUGGCUGGUUUCAAGCCCUCAGACCGAGAAGCCCACGGAAGCUGCAGCCAUAGACGCCGUGCCUGCAGAGGCUGCACCUGUAGAAGCUGCGCCCACGGAAGCACCUAUAGAGGCUGCGCCCACAGAG